GGCUCACUCUGAGCGCGCGGCUGCGCACUGUGCCGCCUGCCAUCCCGGAAGCUCAGCGCCGGGUUAGCGCCACGUCUCUCCCGGCAGGUCCUCUCUGGGCCUGGCAGCCGCCGCCUCAGCCCGCGAGGGGCCCAGCGCCCGAGCGCGGCCCUCGGGACGGGACCGAGAGCAUCAUGGGCUGCGCGGCCCCGCGCUCUGCCUCCGCGCUGCUCCUGCUGCUGCUCCUGCUCCUGCUCCUGCUCCGGGCGGAGCAGCCCCUCGGAGCCGAGCUCACCUUCGAACUGCCGGACAACGCCAAGCAGUGCUUCCACGAGGAGGUGGAGCAGGGCGUGAAGUUCUCCCUGGAUUACCAGGUCAUCACUGGAGGCCACUACGAUGUUGACUGCUUUGUGGAGGACCCCCAGGGGAACACCAUCUACAGAGAAACCAAGAAGCAGUACGACAGCUUCACGCACCGGGCUGAGGUCAAGGGUGUUUAUCAGUUUUGCUUCAGUAAUGAGUUUUCCACCUUCUCUCACAAGACCAUCUACUUUGACUUUCAAGUAGGUGAUGAGCCCCCCAUUCUCCCAGACAUGGGGAACAGGGUCACAGCUCUCACCCAGAGCCCAAAUGCUUCACCAACACCAAUACCACCACUAAGCAUUCCACGUGAUCGCCAUCUGGGAUCUCCAGUUCCAACUGCUUGUUCACCUCCUGCACACGCUCCACAAGACAUGGCUCUUUGCUGGUAGAUCACCAGAUACCAACAGCUUUACUGCCAUGGUGCUCUUUACUUUCUGCCACGUCCACUCUCACUUCCACCAGUUGUUGCUGGCCUGGUCAUCAGUACCAUCAUCGAUCUUCAGGGGCCAUCCAGCUACCCGAUUUCCAAUGUGGUUGGCAGUUUGCUACCUUGUUUUGAAAAACAUUUUAAGAUUAUAUCUGUUUGACCCAUGGUGCCCUUAGAUUGAGAAAAGAAAUGUAUUGAGUAGAAUCCUUGGAAGUUUGGAAGGUACCUCACACCAUCCUCAGGUUCAGAGUUUCACUAGAUGAACUCGCAGCACUCAGAAAGCCAAUUUACCCAUGGUUACAGUUUAUUAGAGCAAAAGAAUGCAUUUAAAAACCAACAGUAAGUAAAGGUACAGAAGUCUAGGAGAGACUAGGAAUACAGCUUCCCAUUUGUUUACUCCAGUGAAGUCAUGCAGACAGCACUUAUCUCUCCCAGCAAUGAUAUGUGAAAAUGUACCCAGGGUAUUGCCAACUAGGGAAGUUCACUUGAGUCUCAGUGUCCAGAGUAUUUAUUGAGGAAUCAGUCGCAUAUAUAUGGCUAGUCACCCACAUGGCUGACUUUGGUCUCUGGCCCAGCCAGAGGCAAAGCUGAUGUUGUGUUGUCCAAGAUCCUUACCAUAAAUCUUAUGGUGAGUACAGACUAUCUCUCUGUUCUAGUUAUAUAAAGGCAUUCUUAAAAUUUGUGGCAUUCCAAGGGUUUAAAUGUUACCUUCCAGAGCCAAAACUUUCUUUGGGUUAAUCCUUUACUUCACAAGCUCUAAGACCCCAAUAAUUCAUGGCCCCAUUUCCAGGGAAUGAUUCAGUCCAGAGAAGAGAUUGGAGAAACCCACCUCCUAUCAUCAAAGAGCUCCUGGAUGUUCCAUCAUGCAAACCUGUGGGAGGAAAUUUAAUGUUCCCAUGGAGAUGGUGGCAUGAUCCGAGCUGGCUCAGAGGUUCUAGUAGCUUCCUCUCAACUACAGGCAAGGUCAGGGGUACACAGUAAGGUACAUCUUCCCUUUCUUUCAACAAUCCGAAACCUCUAGGACUCUCUUGAGGCAGUGAUUAAAUACUAAACGAAGGACUUGAGGGGUAGGAGGGAUUCUGAACAAGGUAGAAAUAAAUAGUAGUCUGGGAUAUUGGUAUAGUUUUCUUGGAGGAGGUAAUAUUUGAGUGGGAUCUUAAAAAAUGAGUAAAUGUAUAAAUGACACAAGUAAAGGCAAAGACAUAUACGUCCUUAUGAGAAAA